GCGCUGCUCAAUUGGCCGUGCGGUCAUACGGUUCCCGGCGGCUGGCGUAGUUCCCACGGAGCGCGGAGGCGCCACGAAUGCCUGGCCAGCGGAGUCGUGAGCAUGAGAACCAACUGAAGGUUAAGCGAUCUCGCGAGCCGCCUCCCGGCUCUCAAAUCACGCUCUUGGCAACAGCCAGGGCGGGCGUGGGAGUGGCCCCUGCGACCUGGGCAGCAAAUGAGGCUACCCCAGGCGGAGCGGAGGCGAUGGGCCUCCUCAUCCCGGGUUAGACGUGUAUCCAGGGGAGGCGGAGAGCCCUGCCUCUGGAAGACACGAGGAAAAGUAUCUAGACGUUGAAAGAAGGCGUAACGCCGACGUGGGGCGCUUUUUGGGCGUCAAUGAGUCAACGAUGCUCUCUCACUAUUGAGAAAAACAAGAAGGCCAUCACGGAGUGUUUGGCUCCUCUUCUCUACUGCAUUCCCCGGGCUGUAAACAUCAAGAAGAUGGAGACCGAGUUAACCUUUUGGGUCAAGGACGGGAUCAGAUGAUCCUGACAGCUUCUUUCCUGACUUACCCCAUGCUCAGGACCCUUAGCCUGCAGCUCCAUUCAGCUGUCACUGGCAGUUAUGUCUCCGGCACUUACUCCAUCGUCUUUGUCAACUGUCCCAACGAGCAAAUUGCCAGAGAUAUUGCCAGGGCUAUACUGGAUAAGAAGCUGGCUGCCUCUGUGAACAUCCUGCCCAAGGCAUCCUCAUUGUACUUUUGGAAUGGAGAAAUAGAAGAAGCCACUGAGAUUCUGUUGUUAAUAAAGACAAAGACUUCCAAGGUCCGCAUGCUGUCCAGCUAUGUCAGGCUGGUGCAUCCUUUCGAGAUCCCAGAGGUCUUCAGUCUCCCUAUGGACCAAGGAGAUGUGCACUAUUUGAAGUGGCUGGAGGAGGGCAUGGAGGAGGACUGAGGGGCCUUCUGUGGAUCCUGCUGGCUGCCGCUCGUCUUCAUCAGCUGCACUCGGGGAAGGAGGCCUCUUUCUGCCUCCCAGCAUCUCAGGAUUCCGUUUUUGUCAGCACAGAGGAGCUAAGUAACUUGUAGAGGAUGAAGGGCCGAGGCUCCUGAGGCUGUAAGAGGACGCUGGGCCAAUCGGGCCACGCAAGAACCCAGUGGAGCGCGUCUCUGAGUGCUUCCUGCUUACAGGUGGCCGAGGUGAGGGCAAGGAGGGUGUGUGGGGGACAAGGGGAGGUGGCAGUGAGGGUGAGGUUUGUCAUCGGCAGCAGUCACUGGGCCACCUCAAGUGUCGGGUGGAAUUACUCUCCUGGUUUUCAGGAGAAAUAGACCCGGUGAUCUGUUUACCUAGAAGUGUGUGGGUUGAAGGUCACCUUCUGGAGGAACUGGCAAGCACUUUAUUCAAAAGGAUGGAUUGUGAAUGGUGCAAUUUCAGGGACAAGCAAGAUUAUUUCUCCUAGCUAAGGGUGGCACUUGUUAUUCCUGAGUCCUGAGUAGCGGGUCCGGGAAUGGGCUUCAGGAGUGUGUGUAGGACUGGGGAGAUAUUGGCACUUAGAUACAGCUCGUGGGUUGGGAAUUCAUCUUGACCUUCCUAGCCUGAAUGUGACCGGCAUCAGAAGGUUCUGGUGCCUUGCUCAGUGGAGACAGGCUGGCUCAGUGGAGCACUGAAACUGAGCAUCCUAAAGCAGAAAGAACCCUGGGGAACUUCCAGACCAGUGUUUCUCAGACUCGCCCACAGAGCCCAGAGGUUGACAGAGGUAUGGGGAUUGCCUGCCCUUCUCCACCACCUUCAGCCAGUGCAACAGAACUGUUAAUUUAAUGUAUUGAGCUCGCAUGAGAUUUGUGGAGCUUUUAAAAAAGUUUUCGUCAAAAGUUAUAAACCAGUGGUUUAAGCCUGUCUCCACUUUAUGGGUUAAGUAGAGGAAAUUGAACUGCACUGAGGUCCAGAAAGGGAGUGGCGUGCUGUUACUAACGGGACAGCCAGGCUGCCUACCCUGUGCCUGGUGCGCUCCUAUCCCUGCUCCUUCCCAGGUGGAAGAGGGCAUGGAAGGCCGAACCCCCAACUCUGAUUCUUAACUUGAUGCUGUUUACUGCCUCUUCCGAAGAGGCUGGAUAAUAUCCCUUUCAGAGAGCCUGCUGCAGCCUAUUCUAAAGGAAGAUUUUUUAGUUCUUCAUCUAUGUGGUAAGUGGGUCUGGCACUUAAAAACAUAUUGCAUUGCCUAAUUCUACCCACUGAUCUGGAGGUAGGUGAUACUAUCUUUAUUCUGUACAUAAGAGGAUAGAUUUAGAGUUCACUGAUUUUUAGGGUCUGCAUGACUCCAUCUUGCAUGGUUUGGCCUCUACCACAGUCCUCCCCAAACGGUGCUGUGGAGCUGGGGCCAGGACCUAGACCAAUGCUUCCACAUGGGAUGCCUUCCCAGCAUUUCUCAGGACAUGUGCGUGUUUUGAACCAGAAAUCUCCAGAAAAAUCAGUUCAGGAAAUGAGAAAAAAUCUUAAAAUUACCUGUGAAUACGGAAGCUUAAAAGCAUAGAGACAUUACUGGUUUGAAGGAAUCCAUCAAAUAAAAAUAUAAGAGCAAGAAACGCCAGUAAGCGGAGCUGAAGGUUAGGAGAAGCAGGGCAGGAGCAUGUUGGAGUGAGAUGGCUAUUGUCUAAUCAGUCUUGCUUGUGAUUGUUGUGUCCUAAGUGUUAUCCUGCAAAUAAAAUACGUUUAUACAAAGUAUACUUUAUACAAAUUCUAUGAGCAGUGUGCCAAGUUAAAAGCUUUCAAAGCAAAAUAAAUUCUUACUUUAGCAUUUUUGACACGGGAUUCUUAUACUGUUCACCUUGCCAGGAUAUUUGAAUGUUACAUGAUUUGAAAACUAUCCAGUAAUGUCCCCUGGUUCCAGGGUUUAAAUAUUCCCUCUAGGCUCCAGUUCUUUGUAAAUAAAACUAAGCUUGAUAUUAUUUGUUAAACAAAUUUUUCCAGAUAUUGGUAACAAUAAGGAAAGAGUAUUAAGAAUGA